AUGUCUUCACAAGAACACAAUUAUAAUGCUUCCGAUAUAGAUGCCGUCCAACCAUACAGUCCCUUAUUAAACAUGGUUACGUUCAUAGUUGACCAGAUGUUAUCAAUCAGUAAAAAUGCGACAUGUAAUGAAAAAAUAUGCACUGCAUUAUUAAAUCGUGUUGAAAUUGCACAAAGGGCUGUUAAAUCAUUUGAACUAAAAUAUCAUAAUAUUAAUGAAUUUGCUAAGGAAAUUACGCAAAUGACAACAUUUCAAAAGUUUAUGUCUGCUAAAGCUGUUAAAGGUGCUUAUGAAAAAAAUAUUAAAGAAUUUGAAGAAGUUUUUAACGAAUUAAAUUUUACUAUGACUUUGUAUGGUUUUGAGCAAAGGGAAAUAGAUGCAGAAAAUCUGGCUGAAGAUCUUGUGUUUUUGAAAAAGACUAUGAAUAACAUGAAAUAUGAAAUCAGGUCAGCAAUAGGAGAAGUUACUACGUUGAUAUCUUCACAAAAAUACAAUGAUAAUGCUCAACAAAUACACAAUAAUAAAGCUUCCCAUUUACAAGGAGAACUUAAUGAAACAUUUGAAAAAUCAACUGGUCAGACACAAGACGUAAUCGCACCAUUCGUUCCAAUAUUCAACAUGGUUACGGACAUACUUAACCAGAUGUCAUCAAUCUAUGAAAAUGCAAAACGUAAUGAAAAAAUAUGUGCUGCUUUAUUAGAUCGUGUCAAAAUUGCAGAAAAAGCCGUUAGUUCUUUGCAAUAUGAAUUACAGGCAAAUGAAGAAAAUUUUAGAAAUAAAGACCAAAUUACAUCACUUAAAUAUUUUCAAAACUUUAUAAAUGCUAACGCUGUCAAAAAAGCUUAUGAAAAAAAUAUUAAAGAAUUUGAAAAAGUUUAUAGUGAUUUGAAUUUUACUAUAACUAUGUAUGAUGCUGAACAGAGAGAACAAAAAGAAAUAGAAGCAAAAAAUGUAGCUAAAGAUUUUGAGAUUUUGGAAAAGGUAUUGUAA